ACCCCCCCCCCACCAAACUCGGGCGCCAAACCCGGCCCUUCCCUAACCAUCCGACUUCCUCCUCUCCUUUCUAGCAUGGUGGCUGUAUGGACAGUCUGACAGAACAGAGACUGACAUCUCCCAAUCUGCCAGCCCCCCACCUGGAACACUACAGUGUUCUGCAUUGCACCAUGACCCUGGAUGUGCAAACUGUAGUCGUUUUUGCUGUGAUUGUAGUCCUCCUGCUUGUCAAUGUCAUACUCAUGUUUUUCCUGGGAACGCGCUGAAUGGAGUCCAGCCACCUGAGCUGUCGUGAACUCUCGCUUUGAUUUCAUCCCGAGAGCCACCGAGAAAAAAAAAAAAGAGAGAGAGAGA